AUGGACAGCCCAGAUGCCCCUGCCAUCACCCCGGGGCCCGCUGUUUUCAAAGGAACAAGCCCGGCGGCUCCCAAUGGGCUGAUGGCCCUGGAGCCGCCGGGGCAGAGCGUUGCUGAUGACAUGCCCUGGCUCAUCACAGAAGCAAGGGCAGCCCACGUUUCUUCGCCGUUCCUGGAAGAACCCUCGACUCCCCCGACAAGAUUGAGCUUCGAUCACAGCAACUUAAGUCUUCAGCUCCCUUUCUUCAACAGCAUCUCAAACACAGAUCGUCACUCAGCAGACGCCCUCGCAGCAAACGACCCGAGACAACCCAUCGCAGCUCACACCAAGUCCCACCUCCUCACUUCCACGUUUUUCCUGUCUCCAUCAGCAUCAACUUCCAGCCUUUGGUCUUGCGGCGACCACCGCGAAGUCGGUGACGAGGGUGGCCAAACUCAAAUCACAAUGCCUGGACCGAUACCCGAGACGGAUUUAAUCCGAUUCUCGCUCCUUCCCGCGUCUGACUACACUUCAGCAUCCUUCAGACCUCAUAUCCGCUCCAGAUCAGCAACCGGAAAACACGAGCGCUCGGCCAGUCCCCUCUUUUCACGAUGGACAAGGCGGCAGCAACGUCCUCAGAGUCAGUCUAAUGGACAGUUAUCAAAGCUCUCAGGGCCGGGACGAGCCUCAAUGGACGGUUACCUCAGAAACAACCACAGGCGACCUGGACAUUCGAGGUCAAACAGCAUCCAAAAACGACAGCCUCAAGCCGUUGUCCCUCAGAUGACCCGAGAGGAGUUUGAAGCUCUUCCGGUAGCCAUACAGCGAAAGUACUUCUCCACGCUCGAGCGGCUGCGUUUUGCCCAGGAGUCCGGACUCGUCGACGGCAUCUCACAGCACUACGACGACAUAGCCAAGGGUUUCAGACGGCGGAAGGCUCGUCAAGACCGCAGCAACUCGGAGCAGAUCGUUCGUCAUAUCCGGCGGGGAUCAGUGAUUGAGUCUCACUUCUCCGGCUCCAAUUCGUCUGAUCCUUACACCACCCGAUCGGACACCACGCAGGAGACGGAGCUCAGCCGGGAGAAACAGGUUCUGCUGGCAAGGCGUCUGCGUGCUAGUGUCAUUCUGGACGCGGCUGACGAGGCGGUAUAUAAGCUUAACCGUCAGGCGAGUCGAAGAAACCUGACGACGGGUGUUGACAGUCUUCCAUCACCACUCUCGCCAGUACGACACAGCAUGGAUUCACACCGGGGUCUCAGAGGGCCUGUCGACCAGGCGGACGACACCCGUGUUCCCCAGUCAUUCAUCGACAGCUUUAGGUGGUUGGAUGAGGAGGAGGACCUAGACCUUCGUCUCUUCUUGGACGACUACCAUGCCGGUCUUCGAGAGGGCAUGCCGGCGGCUAAGCAGAGACCUUCGUUUCGUCGCCACCUGUCCAUCUCCAAGAUCCCCUUUGGUCGGACAUCGCUUUCUUCCAUCAGCAGGCCGGCCACCAAGGAUGCCAAUACCUCGCCCAUAUCACCAAACUACUAUCCCCCAGCCAGCGGGUCCUCGAGCCCGGUGUCGCACAGCCGGCGCAAAUCUCGCACUCUAUCAUUGAUCACACCAAAACAUGCCCCUCAACAGUCCAUCACGGCGAUCGAUCCGGCCGCGGCGCACUACCAGGAUCCCGAAGCUCGUCUCAAGCUUCGAGUGUAUCUGGCUUCACCCCAAAAGUUUGACGAAGCAGUGGAGUUUGGUUUCCCUGCGGCCGACGUCCUCUCUCGGGGUACGACGCCAGAAAGUGACGGUGACGUGGCUACUCGCCGACAAUCACGACAGAAACCAGCCGACGAUCCGUCAAACUUGCAGUCAUUUUUGGCGGAUGAAGAUGAAGACGAAAACAUUUCCCUCAACAGCGACCCGGAUUCUCUGGCGGAUCCCGAAUCGCCCAAGACACCAGAAUCAUUCGAGAACAGAGCCGGCGGUCUCCGCCCCGCGCGAUUCGCUUCCCCUGACAUUGCUCAGCAUGCCCGUGUUAGAACGCCCGAGGUUGGAAACUACGCCCAGGCUCCAGUGUCAUCCCGUGAGAUGACGUUGCGAAUGACGCUUACCCGACCCGACCUACGCGCGCACGAGGAUGAGAUUUACGGCUGGCAGCAACGGCAGCAGCAACAGAGCUACCAGCAACAUGCUCGCCGGCCAACGGGUGGUGCGAGCGGUUCUGUGCCCCUUGCCGAGGGUGGGAGAACGGUGGGAUCGAGGGAGGGUGUUACCCCCAAGGAGAGCAUGGACUGGAGCAAAUUUGAUGGGGUUGACCAUUGGAACCCGAACGGGACGGAAAAGGGGGUCAUGAAGCGGAUCUGGAAUCGUAUGCGGCGCAAUUAG